AUGCGGGAAGACCGCCAACGACCCAAGCCACGGUCAGGCAGGCGAAAUUCCUCUCCGUUUCAUUUCCAAACGGUUUAUAUAUACCCAGACGACACAACCCCAUCUUUUCCACUGAGCUUAGCUUCACCCCUUUCCCCUCCCUCCUCUCCUUGCCCACCCAACAAGCACUCACCACUCCCUUGCAUCUGGCUCCUCUCUCUCCGUCGCGCGCCGGGAUCGAUCGGUCGACAAGGAAACGGAGCGGUGAUCGGUAGAUCGAUUGAUAUGGGAGAUCAUCAGCUGAUGCAUGCUGCUCCGGCCAUGUACAACGGCGGCGGUGCCGGAGCCGUCUCGCACGGCAUGUGGUGGAACAGCAACGCGACGGCGGCGGUGCCUGCCGUGGCGUGCUCGACGGAGCUCGCCGGGUUCAACAACUGGCCGGCCGGUCUGGCUGCUGGUGGCUACGACGUGGCGGCGGACGGCGGGAAGCAGGCCAAGAGCUGCACCACCACGGCCUCCUCCGAGUCGCCCGGGAACAACAGCUCCCUAACCUUCCAAGAAACGGCCAGCAUCAACGACCCGGCAGUCGCCGGCUUCACGGAUUGGAAUAACCCUUACAUGAGCAACGGUGCUGGUAAUAUGCACGGGUUUCUCCAGGUUGGCCACCAUGACAUGAGCUCGAGAACGGACCAGCAGAGCAUGAUGAACGCCGUCGCCGCGCCGAACAACCUAGACCUAGCUCUACAAGGCCACCACCACCAGCAGCAGCAGGACGAUCACCACCGCCAGCAGCAGCUGCUGUCCAGCCUGGGGGCGCCGGAGCUGCUCCUGUCGCCGAACUCGCCGUACGGGUUUCAGUCGUCGCUGCUGAGGAGCCUCAUCGAGCCGACGGGUAAGCCGGCACCAGCGGCGGGGCUCCUGCAGCAGUAUCAGUACCAGCAGAUGGGCGGCCAGACAGGGGCCAGGGAGCCGCUCCAGUUCACCAACGACGCGGCCUUCUGGAACCAGUCUGCCGGGUUCGGCAUGGGCAUGGCAGCCCCGCCGGCGACUGACAACACCAGCGUGCGUGCGGCGAAACAACCGUCGCCGGCGCCGCGUGGGGCAAACCUUGCACUUAAGACUGUGUUAGAAGGCGUGGGAGACUCUAGCUCGAUCGUGGCCAAGAAGGCGAGCGGCGAGCCGGCGUUCAAGAAACCGAGAAUGGAGACGCCGUCGCCAUUGCCGACCUUCAAGGUUAGGAAGGAGAAGCUAGGGGACAGGAUCACAGCGCUCCAACAGCUCGUCUCUCCUUUCGGAAAGACGGAUACGGCGUCGGUGCUGCACGAGACCAUCGAGUACAUCAAGUUCCUCCACGACCAAGUUGGUGUGCUCAGCGCCCCAUACCUCAAGAGCGGCCAUCAUCAGCAUCAAGUGCCACAGUACCUCAAGAGCUCGAGCAAUGGUAGCCCCGACAAGUCGUGCAAGGACGGCGGCGAGGUGUCGCUCAAGGGCCGGGGGCUGUGCCUGGUGCCGAUAUCGAGCACCUUCGCCGUGGCCAGCGACGUGCCCGUCGACUUCUGGAACCCCUUUGGACCCCAAUUUAGGUAG